UUUUUGUGUGUAUGCGUGUAUUCUAACAAGCACAAUAGUUUAAUCUGAGUUUGAGACUGUUGCGAACAAUUUAUGAUCUCUUCACAACUAUGAUUUAUUUGAAAGGCUCUUUAUUUGUCCGUACUACUAUCCAAAUACCUAAAAAUGGCGUAACGCAUCUAAAUGCAAGAACUAUCAUGAUCCAAAUAUAAAUGGCUCACAUAAUUUAAUACUUAUAAAGGUUAACUGGAAUGUAAAAAAUGUCCAUGGUAUAUCCCACGACGAGAGUAAUAGAAAUUAGGGCUUCAGGUUAUUAGAAAUCAAUCCGCUUCGACCUCCGACCUCCAAGCCCUUCACGUUUCUUCUGCUCGACGGCGUUCAGAGCUUCACUUCCGGCCACCAGACAUCGACCUCAGUGUUGUUGCAGCUUCAUCAAGAUGAGUCUCUUACAGAAAAGAAAAGCCCCAGAGACGAAACCAAAAACAGGUGGUAAUAUAGCGGAAUCAGAUCGCAUAGUACUGAAUGUGAUCAAAAGCAAAAGAGAAAUGGCAAUCUUUGUAAAGGAUUUAAAGCAGGAAGCAGGACUCCCAGAUCCGACUUUCAACAAGUCUAUAAAGAACCUCCUAACUUCUGGUUUAGUAAAAGAAGUUGCCCAUGUCCAAUUAAAGGGAAGAAAACACUAUAUUGCAGCUGAAUUUGAGCCAUCACAGGAGAUCACAGGUGGUUCAUGGUAUUCAAAAGGGGAACUUGAUCAGGACUUCAUUAAUGGUCUUAAAGACCUUUGCCUCAGGAUCAUUCGUAAGCUAAAGGUUGCAACUGCUGAUGGAGUAUAUGAUUUUUCUGUUAAAAAUGGGCUGAUUAAUAUCGAUUGCACGAGUCAGCAGAUAAGUGAGAUAUUGAAGUCUAUGGUUUUGGAUAAUAAGAUUAUAGAGGUGAAGAGUACUGGAUUGGGGGAAUACCAUUCCAUUCCUAUUGGGAAUUUAUGUUAUAGAUAUACAACAGGGGAUUCCGCUCAGGGUUUGAAAACAGGGGCAAUGGUGUCAAUUCCUUGUGGUGUUUGUCCAAGAAUUAGAGAGUGUACACCUGAUGGACUCAUCUCUCCAACUACCUGUGUUUACUACACCAAGUGGUUAGAUUUCUGAUCAUCACACCAUUUUGUUUCAUUUUGGGUGUAUAGUUUUAAGUGUUUCUUUUCUUCAUCUUUAUCUACAAUUUUAUAUACUUUUUGACUUUUUGUUUCGUUUCAUCCAUUAAAGACCUGUUCAUCUUUUAUGAGUUUGGAUGAAAUUUGGUGAAAGUUUCAUAUUAUUUCUUAUUAGAGCAUUGAGUUUUGAAUGA